GAAAAAACGAGCUCUUUUGCACUACGUCCAUAGUGCAUGAUACCGAUGAUGGCGAAGAAGCACCUUGCCGCUGUCGUCCUCGCCAUCCUGCUGGCUCUCGCGGCUGGCGCCACCGGCAUGCGCGCGUCCGAGAUCGACGACGGCAUGCCGCUGAUCCACAUGCUGCGCCCGCUGCUGCAUUCUGGCGGCGACCUCGGCCGGCGCGGCCGCGUGCCGUGCGACAGCUGGCGGUUCGCUGUGGAGACCAACACCCUCCGCGACUGGGACACUGUCCCAGCCCGCUGCGAGAAGUACGUCGGCAACUACAUGCUCGGCGGGCACUACCGCAGCGACUCCCGAGCCGUCGCCAACGAGGCCAUCGCCUACGCCGAGGGCCUCAACCUCACCGGCCAAGGCAAGGAGGUCUGGGUGUUCGACGUCGAUGAGACGACGCUCUCCAACCUCCCCUACUAUGCUAAGCAUGGCUUCGGGGUUGAGCCAUACAACUGGUCGACGUUCGGCGCGUACGUGAAGGAGGCGAACGCGCCGGUGCUGCCGGAGACGCAGCGGCUGUACAAGAGGCUGCAGGCGCUGGGCAUCAAGCCGGUGAUCCUGACUGGGCGACGCGAGGACAAGCGGGAGGCCACGGCUAACAACCUCGCCGCGGCGGGCUACACCGGCUACUUGAAGCUGCUGCUCAAGCCUCAGAACGUCAAGGUGAGUUCGAUUGAGUUCAAGUCCGGCGAGCGGAAGAAGCUGCAGGACGCCGGGUACGUCAUCGUCGGCAACAUCGGCGACCAGUGGACUGACCUCCUCGGCGAGCCGGAGGGCGGCCGCACGUUCAAGCUGCCCGACCCCAUGUACUACAUCGGCUAGCUGCUAUCUGCUUUCUACUCGAUCGAUCGGGCGCGGGAGCGAGUGAACAGCAGCAAAUAAACGUCGUCUCAAUAAUUAAUAACGUUGUCGUUCCUUCAUCACUGAUUCAGCGUACCAAAUAAAACAGCCUCAUAAUUAUACAGCA